ACGCACCUGUAUGAUUAGGAGUCUUUCCAAGCCUAAUUUUAUUGUGAUUUUUUUUUUUUUAACCACAGUUCAACGCCAAAAAGGAUUUUUUUGCUGGGUCGUUGUACGACAGAAUCUCAGUUGAACUUGUAAGGCUCGAACAAUGGAACUAUAUGAGAUAAAGUCUUCAGCUUCGCUCAUGUAUGAUGGCUUCAUCCAGAAUGCAGACUCUCGUACGGAGGACUGGCUUCUCAUGUCGUCUCCGGUCAUGCAGAGCGUCAUCAUCAUGGCGUACAUCUUCUUCGUCAUGUCGCUGGGGCCUCGCAUCAUGGAGAACCGCAAAGCCUUUGACCUCAAGGGGGUUCUGGUGGUGUACAACUUCAGCGUGGUGGCGCUGUCGCUCUACAUGUGCUAUGAGUUUGUCAUGUCGGGAUGGGGAACGGGAUAUUCCUUCCAUUGUGACCUCGUCGACUACUCUGACUCGCCGCAAGCUAUGAGGAUGGCGGCAACGUGCUGGCUGUACUACUUCUCCAAGUUCAUUGAGAUGUUGGACACGAUUUUCUUUGUGCUGAGGAAGAAAAACAACCAGGUGACAUUUCUUCACGUGUACCAUCAUUCCAUCAUGCCGUUUACCUGGUGGUUUGGCGUUCGCUUUGCCGCAGGUACCGCAAUCUCCCACCUUGAAGUCUUCUUUUCCAUUUCUGCAGUUUUUCACAAUAUGCUUCACCCCCAAGGUGGUAUGGGGACUUUCCAUGCACUGCUCAACUGCGUUGUCCAUGUCAUCAUGUACUCUUACUACGGCCUGACCGCCCUGGGCCCCAAUUACCAGAAGUACCUGUGGUGGAAGAAAUACCUGACCACCAUUCAGCUAAUCCAGUUUGUCAUGGUGACCACGCACAUCUCGCAGUACUUCUUCAUGCGGGACUGCCCCUACCAGUUCCCCAUCUUCAUCUACAUCAUUGGUCUGUACGGCCUCAUCUUCCUCUUCCUCUUCCUCAACUUCUGGUACCACGCCUACACCAAAGGCAAGCGGCUGCCCAAAGUGCUGCAGGCCCAGACGUGGGCCCACCAUACAAACGGCGUCAUGAACGGCAACGCCAACCACGACAAAGACAAAUAACCGGCAAGCCUGGCACGGAGCCAUUUUGUGGCGGACUGCGCUUUGUUCAGAUUUAGUGUUUUUCUACUGGCAAAAAAAAAGACAAUCUUUAAAUUAUGACCAAAGUUAUAUUUAACCCAGCGAAGGGAUUAUUUUGUUGUUGUGUAUCUUAAUGUUAUGCCUUGACUGUUAAGUGUCACGGGGGAAAGAAACCAACCAUACUAUGUAGGGCUUUGCCUAUGGCAUGACUGAGACUCCAUGACCCUGCCCUAUGCAGUGCCCCUCCUAAAAAUGCCUUAAGUGAUGGGUGGGACUCGGGUUUUUGUUUUUGGCCCCCCCGCCCCCUUUCUCAGUGGUUCACUAUAAAAGCUUAAUGUCACGUUGCUUUAAUAGCAGCUCCAAGGCUAUUUUAAUGGUCACAUGCAUGCAGAACAGGGUGUUUAUUUUCAAUUUCAUUUCACACCUCGCCACUUGGAGUCACAAUUCCUGAUGAUACCGGUCCAGAGAAAUGUUCUCAUGAAGCGUGACCCAUUUAUUCCUGGGGAAAAAAGCUAGGAGGCGUUGUCCUGGACCACCAGGGCAUUCUUAUUGGGUGAGGGGGAAAAAAAAAAUGUGCACAGCAGCAAUGUCUUUGGAUCGGUGACUGGAGUGUGUCGUGAUGAUCUUAAAGCGCCAAAGUGAAUGGAAUUGCGCUCCGGUGGUGGAGGGGAGGAUACGAAUACAAGCUGGCUAGUGGUGUGGAACAGAGAAGAGGUUGACAGAUCGAAUGAUGCAGUUCCUGUUAAGGUCUAAUAGCCUGCUCUCAAUGUAAUUGUUACCCAUUUAUGAAUAAUGUGCUUUUUGAAAAGUUGUUUCUAUUGUUUUAUAUGUAUAAUAAAUGUUGACGAUAUACUUGA